GGAUAAGAGGAUACUGACUAAGUCUGAGGGGAAGGAGGAGAAAGAAAAUUAGCUUCAGGAAGGGUUUAUAUCCUCCUCUACAAGAAAACUUAAAUAUAGCUACCAGUGCUUUGAAAGGAAUGGUUUAUGUCCAAACAGCGUUUUCCAGACAAGCUCUGUACUUUUUUGCCAACAGAAUUAACUUUAAACUGAAGGCAGUAGACAAUUAAACAAGAGUCGGCACUGGAAACAGCUGUGAGUAGGCAAGACCAAGUUACUUAUAAGGAGGCGAUAGAGUUCGGAUGACAGCAAAUCAUGAGAGCUACCUCCUCAUGGCGAGCACCCAGAAUGAUAUGGAAGACUGGGUGAAGUCCAUCCGCCGAGUUAUAUGGGGACCUUUUGGAGGCGGUAUUUUUGGACAGAAACUGGAAGACACUGUCCGUUAUGAGAAGAGAUAUGGGAACCGCCUGGCUCCAAUGUUGGUGGAGCAAUGUGUGGACUUUAUCCGGCAAAGAGGGCUGAAAGAAGAGGGUCUAUUUCGACUGCCAGGCCAAGCUAAUCUUGUUAAGGAGCUCCAGGAUGCCUUUGACUGUGGAGAAAAGCCGUCAUUUGACAGCAACACAGAUGUACACACAGUGGCAUCACUUCUUAAGCUGUAUCUUCGGGAACUUCCAGAACCAGUUAUUCCUUAUGCGAAAUAUGAAGACUUUUUAUCUUGUGCCAAACUGCUCAGCAAGGAUGAAGAAGCAGGUGUUAAGGAACUAGCAAAGCAGGUGAAGAGUUUACCAGUGGUCAAUUACAACCUCCUCAAGUAUAUUUGUAGGUUCUUGGAUGAAGUACAGUCUUAUUCAGGUGUUAACAAAAUGAGUGUGCAGAACUUGGCAACUGUCUUUGGCCCUAAUAUUCUACGCCCAAAAGUGGAAGAUCCUUUGACCAUCAUGGAGGGCACUGUGGUGGUACAGCAGUUGAUGUCAAUGAUGAUUAGCAAACAUGACUGCCUCUUCCCAAAAGAUGCAGAACUACAAAGCAAGCCCCAAGAUGGAGUGAGCAACAACAACAAUGAAAUUCAGAAGAAAGCAACCAUGGGUCAGUUACAGAACAAGGAGAACAAUAAUACCAAGGAUAGCCCUGGCAGACAAUGCUCUUGGGACAAGUCAGAAUCUCCUCAGAGAAGUGGCAUGGACAAUGGAUCUCCCACAGCUCUAUCAGGCAGCAAAACCAACAGCCCACGAAAUAGUGUCCAUAAACUGGAUGUCUCUAGGAGCCCCCCUCUCAUGGUCAAAAAGAACCCCGCCUUCAAUAAGGGCAGUGGGAUAGUCACAAAUGGGUCCUUUAGCAGCAGUAAUGCAGAAGGUCUUGAGAAAACCCAAGCCACCCCCAGUGGGAGCUUACAGGCCAGAAGGACCUCUUCACUGAAGGGAUCUGGUACCAAGAUGGGUACCCACAGUGUGCAAAAUGGAACAGUACGGAUGGGCAUUUUGAACACCGACACUCUUGGCAACCCCAUGAAUGGUCGCAGCAUGAGCUGGCUGCCCAAUGGCUAUGUGACUCUGAGGGAUAAUAAGCAGAAAGAGCAAGUAGGAGAGUCAGGUCAGCAUAACAGACUCUCUACCUAUGACAAUGUCCAUCAACAGUUCUCCAUGAUGAACCUUGAUGACAAACAGAGUGUUGACAGUGCCACUUGGUCCACUUCUUCUUGUGAAAUCUCCCUUCCUGAGAACUCCAAUUCCUGUCGCUCCUCCACCACUACCUGCCCAGAACAAGACUUUUAUGGUGGAAACUUUGAGGACCCUGUCUUAGAUGGUCCACCACAAGACGACCUUUCCCACCCUGGAGACUAUGAAAACAAAAGUGACCGGAGGAGUGUGGGAGGUCGAAGUAGUCGUGCCACCAGCAGCAGUGACAACAGUGAGACAUUUGUUGGUAACAGCACCAGCAACCACAGUGCACUGCACAGUUUAGUUUCAAGCCUGAAACAAGAAAUGACCAAACAGAAGAUAGAGUAUGAGUCCAGAAUAAAGAGCUUAGAACAGCGAAACUUGACUUUGGAAACAGAAAUGAUGAGCCUACACGAUGAACUGGAUCAAGAAAGGAAAAAGUUCACAAUGAUAGAAAUCAAAAUGCGAAAUGCCGAGCGAGCAAAAGAAGAUGCAGAGAAAAGAAACGACAUGCUACAGAAAGAAAUGGAGCAGUUUUUUUCCACGUUUGGGGAGCUAACAGUGGAACCCAGGAGAACCGAGAGAGGAAACACAAUAUGGAUCCAGUGACCAUGGUUUCUCCUGCUCUCUCCGAUGGAUCUGGGAAGGACUCUGGGAUAGGAUAUGGGAACAGGUGGCUGGUCACCUGGCUGUACAGUGCACUAACUGGUGAGGGAAUAUUAUUUACAGACAUUAACCAUCCAUUUGCAAUGUGUACCAAAGUUAUAUCAUGCCCCAUAAUGCUACUGUCAAGUGUUACAACUGGAUAUGUGUAUAUAGAGUAGUUUUGAAAAGGUUAACUAAAAAUGAGAAGCAUAUCUCGAGAAGAAUUAUUUUAUUCCCAGUCUUGUAUUUAAACUGGUAAAUCAAUAAGUUGUUGCAAUUUAGCUUGCUUUCAAGCUUCACUUCUUGCACUUAACAUAAGCUAUUGUUGGCAUUGUGUUAUCAUCCGCUUAUUUUAUAAAUCACUAUUUUUAUUUCCCCUUUUUGCUGAGGAAAUGAAGAUAAGCAGAAAUAUAAAUAUAUAUGCAUAUAUAUAUUAUGAGUUAUUAAAAUCAAAAGAAUA